AACCCCCAUAAACUUGUUAAUAUCAAUAGUUACCUUUGUCAAAGUAAAGUGAAAAACGCGAGCAGAGAGAACACAACUUAAAUAUUAGCAACUGAUAAGAUUGCCUCAGCACAUCAAAACAUUAAACUAAACAUGGAUGACCAGAAGAGAGAGAUAAAGGGAGAGAGAUAGCAUUGCGGCUUGCUCCCCACCGACGCUCUCUCCGCUCACACACACCUGUGCGGUCAGGCCACCGAUUGCAGGCCAAUUUUUUGCUCAUUUGAGAACCGACGGCGAGUGGAAAAGUGGUGCGAGCGGAGCGAAAAUCCGUUUUUAAGGCAGAGGCAAACCGGCAAAUGCAAUCAAACAAAUACUCACUAAUAUAAUUUCGAAACCGAAACAGAACAACAUUAAAGUGCAAAGUGAAAAGAAGGCGAAAUAGGCGCCUGAAAAAUUAAUAAAAUCUAUUUUCAGCUCGCAAGUUUCCGAACGACUUUGGCGAAUACACAGAAAAUGAAAUGAAAUCCCAAAGAUAAACACAACCAUCGGUGAAACAAUCAUAAUACUAAACAAACAAUAAACCAUAAUGCACGUGUACUACAAGUUUGGACUACUGCUGAUAUUUCUGCUGAGCGUAAGCAUUAGCCACACCAAUGCCGCCCCAGCGGGCAGUGAGGAGUCCAAUCGCUCGCUCAGCGCCCCCGAGGACUUUGACUAUGGCGACGACGAUGAUUACAGUGAUGUAACGACAGGCGAGGAAGCGCCCGAGACAGCAGAAAAUAGACUGAUGCCACUAUCAUCCUCCACAUCGACCACCACCACCUUUCGACCAAUAUUUAAUAUACCCCGACGCAGCAACCAUGUCCUGGAGCCCAGUUGCCCGCGCAACUGCCUCUGCCUGGAGGACUUCAAGUUCGUCCAGUGUGCCAAUGCCCAUUUGACCCAUGUGCCCCUGGACAUGCCCAAAACGGCGGCCAUCAUCGACCUGAGUCACAAUGUGAUCGCCGAACUGCGGCCUGAGGACUUUGCCAACCUGUCCAGGGCGGUGGACAUCAACCUGAAUCACAACCUGAUCAGCCACAUAGACAAGGAGGUCUUCCAAGGCUCGGAGCGCCUGCAGCGCCUUCGUCUGGCCAACAACCGCCUCACCAAAAUCGACCCCGACACAUUCUCGGCGGCCAAGGAACUGAACCUCCUCGACCUGAGCAACAAUUCCAUAGUUCAGCGGCUGGACGGCUCCUUCCUGAACCAGCCCGACUUGGUGGAGUUCAACUGCGCCAACUGCAGCUGGACGGAGCUGCCGGAGCAGACGUUCCAGAACAUGAGCAGCCUGCAGGUGCUCCGCCUGAGCAGGAACGAUUUCAAACAGCAAAUCAAUACGAAAGCUUUCUCGCCGCUAACAAAAAUAAUUAAGCUGAAGCUGCCGGAGCUGGAGCAGCAGAACAUCGAGGAGCUGUGCGGCCUGCUGUCCUCCAUCGACACGAUCGGCUUCCCCCACUUCGACAUCAGCUGCUACGAGUUCGUGCUGGGAACCCCCUUCAACGGCAGCCUCAUUUACCCCACGGAACCGCCGAGCAAGGGGCUUCCGGGUCUGCCCGUCGUGGCCACCAGCACUCCGAAGCCAGUGACUUCCACGCCCGCACCGCCAAGAAGUGCCAACCGCAAUCGGGGAAAAAUGGAGAACAGCACGGAGCUGGCUAAGGCCGGGAUCCUAACUGCCGCCACCAACACCAGCGGAGUGGCCGUGGAGUCGCCCGCCGAGAGCAAGACCAACCAGGUGGAGAUCUCCCCGGAGGCCAUCAACACCCUGCUCAUCUGCAUCAUGGCUUUGGCUGUGAUUGGCAUCGUCAUCGGCCUCAUUUGCCGCAAGGAUAUUGGCGGCAUCAAGACCAAGUGCUGCCGCACUAGCAAACCAGAACCAAAGGAUCAGGUGCAUCCCACUGAGGAGAUACCAUUGAAUAAGCUAGCCUAAGAAACCCUUGCAAAAACCAAAACAGUCAGCGAAGAGAAGUGAAUCCUAUCCUCCAGUUUUGAGAACAAAUUCCACUUGCCGGCAUUUUUAUAGAUCAUAAAUAGGUGUACGUGUAUGUUUGUGGCUAAUUAGUUAACUACUUUGACUCCGGUUUCUCCUGUUUGCCCGCACAACUGCUACCAAGAAAUGAACUCCCCGAAUCCGCUGUUAGACUCUAGUUGUUAGUGGGGGUAGGAGUCGCCUAGUCGCCUAGCGUUCUGUUCAUCAGGGGAACUAGGUAAAUGGGAUCCCAUCCAAACUCCAGCACUGCUCUAGUUUUAGAUCCAAAAGAAAUUUCCAUCGCACACUUAAAUUAAUGUAACCCUUAGCCGUAGACUUUUGCCAAAAUACAAUAAAAGUAAUUAUUGUACAUAGGAAAGAAGAA